UGCGGGUCACCAAGGCUAGAGUUGCUUUCGCUAACCUUCGUCAACUGUGGCUUCGUCGUGAUCUCAGCCUCACUCUCAAGGAGUGAGUCUACAAUGCUACGGUACGAGCGAUUCUGCUGUACGGCUGUGAGACUUGGCCCAUUCGCAAAAAUGAUGUUCAGCGGCUAUCAGCCUUCGAUCACCACUGCCUGCGAAGCAUUGCUGGUGUUCGAUGACAGCACCACAUCAGUAAUGAGGAAAUCCGUCGGUGAGUCUUCAGAUCUAACGAACUCCGCCGAUCGAUUGAUAGCAUCCUCUCACUGCGGAGGUUUCGCUGGCUUGACCAUGUGCUUCGCAUGGCUACCCAGCAGCUACCACGAUGAGCCCCAUUUGCGAGCGCAGGCGUGGUUUGGAAGCGACGAAAAGGAGGGCAAUGUAAAACUUGGAUCCAAUGUGUUAAAGGCGCAAAUAUUGAAACUGCCUGUUAUCAGACCUUCCUGACUCCCGGGUAGGGGACCAAAGGACCCCAAGCAAACCUUGUUGCAACCGCUGGAGGAUUUGGCCAAGGACCGUGCGUAAUGGCACACUUGCUGUGAGACUGUUCUACCCUAACAGUUUUUCCCUUUCAUGCUAUCCAUUUUUCUUCUUAU